AUGGCGAAUUUAUGUUUCUUUUUUUUUUUUUAUAUAGAAAAGAAGUGCCUGAAGAGACUUCGACUGAGCCAAAACGAAUUGUAUACGGCUAUCGAGAUUAGGCAGAUGCAUGCACGAAGCGGCGGCACGAUCAUCAGAAACAUGGCGGACAUGGGAAAGAUCAUUGAUACACUGCUUCCCAGUCCCCGUGCGGCCAACAGGAUGAAGGCCAAGAUGCCUCGACUGAUCGAAUGCGAAUUGACGGAGUUCCGACCAAUUAUGUGGGGACGACCUCAAGCCUGA